AUGUCUUCACAGGGGGACCCGGGCUCAGGCUCAGGCUCAGGCUCAGACUCGUCGGCGCACAGCUCCCCGGCGCGUGAGCCGGAGAUGCCGCUCGUACCAAUCUGGAGGAACUCCAAGGGGAAGUUGGUCUACGGCUUCACUGACGACAAGGCCGCCGUGGCCAAAUAUCACCAGGAUUUACAAAAGUAUGAGCAGAAGCUAGCUCGACAAGAAGAAUUGCUGACGCUCAAGCUGCCUUCCAAGGCCCCUGGUACCAACGAACGCUACGGCAGCCCCAAGAACAAGGACAUAAUUUUAAACGCCGCCAAAUCAAUCCUGAGUCUUUCAGCCUAUCUUGAUGGCAAAGAGAUUAACCGGUGCACAGGCAUUGUUGUCAAUCGAGAUGAAGAUACGAAAUCUCUUACCAUUCUCACCUCUGCCUGGCUUAUCUGCACAGAGAAACCAUCUAAUGAUUGGCUGGAUAAAGAAUAUGCUCCUCAAGCUAAGGUUAUUGUUCACCUAUUGGAUGGCACAACCGUCGAUAGUCAACUGAUGUACUUUAGCAAACAUUAUGACAUCGCCUUCUGUGAGAUUACGGGAGGUUUACACUUGCAGAGUUUACCAUUGGAAGGUAACUCGGAGUUCAGCAAUGAAACACUUGUGUUAGUUGCUAGGGAUGCAAAUCUAGAUUUAAUCUACAAAGAAGCCAAGCUGGCAUCUGUAGGCCCUUGUGAAUUCCAACACAAUCAUUAUAAGUUCAUCACCUGUUCAAUUCCUAACAAGUGUGGAACUGGAGGUGGACUGUUGGAUUUUAAUGGGAAAAUUGUAGGGUUAGUAUCCUACACAUUUCCUCUUGUUGCGUUUAUUCCAAGCUAUCUUAUAACGAAGUGUUCAACAUUGUUGAGAAAAUUUGGGAAAAUUGUGCGACCCCAGCUUGGACUAAAGCUAAAGACGUUGGACUUAUUAGGCAGGUCGCGUAUUGAGCAGUUGUCACAUAAUUUCAACAUCUCCUCUGGUCUUGUAGUAAGAGAGGUUUCAGCAGAAUGUGUUGCUGAGAGGCUUGGCAUUAGAGUGGGGGACGUUAUUUUAUCAUGCCAAGGAGAGAGUGUUUCAAGUAUAGCUCAGUUUGUUUCAGUUCGAAGAUAUACUGCUACGUGUUGGUGA